GAGCUACUUGAGACUACCUGCAGCCUAGCCAACACCCUGAAGAGGCAUGGGGUCAACAAGGGUGACCUUGUGGCCAUCUAUAUGCCAGUGUCGCCCAUCGCCGUGGCUACCAUGCUUGCGUGUGCUCGUAUUGGUGCUGAGCACACGGUAGUGUUUGCUGGGUUCAGCUCAGAGGCCCUGGCUGGGAGGAUUCAGGAUGUUGAGUGAUACUGGGCCUGGACUCAUGUUUUACUGUGAUUAACUCUUAAUUUAAGCUUUAGAAAUGUUAGGUCAAGUCACACUAGCCAAGUUGCCAACACGGUUGGGGCAGGCUGUCAUUCUAGUUAGCAACCUUGGGCAUGUCACAAGAUCGCAUGGUCCAGUUGGUAGCCCAAGAAUGCAUUUCAAGGAUGUUUGUGUUUUGUAUACAGUUGCUGUAUACAGUAGCCCAAACAUAAUAUUUGAAUGGUUGACUGAGCACAAGGGCAAUAAGGGCAUUUCAAUUGUGCAUGCCUGCAGCCAUUCAACAUUUUGAGAUUUUAAAGACAGUAAUCAUAAAAAUCUGACAUAAUAUUUCAGCUUUGCGCCUUUAAAAAAAGUUUAAUCAUGUUGAGAAUGUACAAUAAUAUCAGAUUUUCUGUUCAAAUGCACAGGAUAAAUGUCUGAUAUUUAAACAGGCCAUGACCCCUAACAUGGCUUAGACUGAAUGUCUGCCAAGUUUUCAGCACUCCAAAGUGAGUCAUUAUGCAUAGAGUAAUAUGCAAAAUUUUCAAGUUGAACAUGUUCUUGGCCGUUGUUGCUAGGAUACACCAGUCAUUGUAAGUCUCUUCCCCCUUUUUUCCAAAUUAACUCCAGUGGAAAACGGUCUUGUUUUACUCAAAUGCUACUAACAUCAUGAGAUUAGACAAGGGUUUGUUACAUUUCAAGCUACAUUUUGCGCUCAGACAGAAAACAGGCCAAUUAAGACAAACGCAAGGCCUGCAGAUUAGGAGAUAGACUGAAGGAUUGGACAGAAAACUAGGAGCAACAUAUCAUGUCAAACAUUUAUAACAUGUACAGUAUAUACCUCAAACAGAACCAAUAGAUAACAGCAAUUAGGCCAAUUGUUAUAAGCUUCUUGCAUUUUCUCAAAGUACUUCAUAUUCUCAAUUGGACUGUAUAGUGAUGUCAGCAUGGUCUCAGAUCUCUCAAACUGUGUCCCCCAUCUGCAGCCCAGUGUAAAGCUGUGAUCACGUGUAACCAAGGUGUGAGGGGAGUCCUGUACAUUUACCUGAAACCUACAGUAGAUGCUGCAGUGAAGAACUGCCCCUCUGUCCAACAUAUGUUUGUGGCCCAGAGGACCAUUAAACCAACUUUCAUUGGCAAAUUAGACAUCCCAUUGGAGGAGGUAAUACUGAUUCUGAGUAGUUGGACAAGCCAGUGGCAGUCCUGUAAAGUGAUCAGUUUGCAUUAUAGCUUAGCUCCACUCACAGAUGUAAUUUGCUAGGUUAUUUUUAUCAAAUGGCUAUCAAAAAUGGUGUUUUACCAAAAUAAAGUAGCCUACCGGUAAGGUACCGCCGGAGACACAACUCUCAUCUGGCUAUAUACAGUGAGGGAAAAAAGUAUUUGAUCCCCUGCUGAUUUUGUACGUUUGCCCACUGACAAAGACAUGAUCAGUCUAUAAUUUUAAUGGUAGGUUUAUUUGAACAGUGAGAGACAGAAUAACAACAAAAUAAAUCAGAAAAACGCUUCUCAAAAAUGUUAUAAAUUGAUGUGCAUUUGAAUGAGGGAAAUUAGUAUUUGACCCCUCUGCAAAACAUGACUUAGUACUUGGUGGCAAAACCCUUGUUGGCAAUCACAGAGGUCAGACGUUUCUUGUAGUUGGCCACCAGGUUUGCACACAUCUCAGGAGGGAUUUUGUCCCACUCCUCUUUGCAGAUCUUCUCCAAGUCAUUAAGGUUUCGAGCCUGACGUUUGGCAACUCGAACCUUCAGCUCCCUCCACAGAUUUUCUAUGGGAUUAAGGUCUGGAGACUGGCUAGGCCACUCCAGGACCUUAAUGUGCUUCUUCUUGAGCCACUUCUUUGUUGCCUUGGCCGUGUGUUUUGGGUCGUUGUCAUGCUGGAAUACCCAUCCACGACCCAUUUUCAAUGCCCUGGCUGAGGGAAGGACGUUCUCACCCAAGAUUUGACGGUACAUGGCGCCGUCCAUCGUCCCUUUGAUGUGGUGAAGUUGUCCUGUCCCCUUAGCAGAAAAACACCCCCAAAGCAUAAUGUUUCCACCUCCAUGUUUGACGGAGGGGAAGGUGUUCUUGGGGUCAUAGGCAGCAUUCCUCCUCCUCCAAACACGGCGAGUUGAGUUGAUGCAAAGAGGUCGAUUUUGGUCUCAUCUGACCACAACACUUUCACCCAGUUCUCCUCUGAAUCAUUCAGAUGUUCAUUGGCAAACUUCAGAAGGGCCUGUAUAUGUGCUUUCUUGAACAGGGGGACCUUGCGGGCGCUGCAGGAUUUCAGUCAUUCACAGCGUAGUGUGCUACCAAUCGUUUUCUUGGUGACUAUGGUCCCAGCUGCCUUGAGAUCAUUGACAAGAUCCUCCCGUGUAGUUCUGGGCUGAUUCCUCACCGUUCUCAUGAUCAUUGCAACUCCACGAGGUGAGAUCUUGCAUGGAGCCCCAGGCCGAGGGAGAGUGACAGUUAUUUUGUGUUUCUUCCAUUUGCGAAUAAUUGCACCAACUGUUGUCACCUUCUCACCAAGCUGCUUGGCGAUGGUCUUGUAGCCCAUUCCAGCCUUGUGUAGGUCUACAAUCUUGUCCCUGAUAUCCUUGGAGAGCUCUUUGGUCUUGGCCAUGGUGGAGAGUUUGGAAUCUGAUUGAUUGAUUGCUUCUGUGGACAGGUGACUUUUAUACAGGUAACAAACUGAGAUUAGGAGCACUCCCUUUAAGAGUGUGCUCCUAAUCUCAGCUUGUUACCUGUAUAAAAGACACCUGGGAGCCAUAAAUCUUUCUGAUUGAGAGGGGGUCAAAUACUUAUUUCCCUCAUAAAAAUGCUAAUCAAUUUAUAACAUUUUUGACAUGCGUUUUUCUGGAUUUUUUCUGUUCAAAUAAACCUACCAUUAAAAUUAUAGACUGAUAAUUUCUUUGUCAGUGGGCAAACGUACAAAAUCAGCAGGGGAUCAAAUACUUUUAUCCCUCACUGUAGGUAGGCUACAUGCUGAUCGGGGCUUACAUUUGAUUUUACUUCGAUUGUUCAGGUUCACCAUUAGCAGUAGUUUUGGUAGUUUUGCUUUAAAUAAUCAGUAUAUAUGGUCAUCUUUAGAUAUACAGGGUAAAGUUGAUCAUUUCAUAACGAGGACAGCAAUCACUUUUGCUGCCGUCACUGCAUGGUCGAAGUGGGAGAAAAAGAGAAGCUCACGCCAAGCAGUCAAAACCUCAAAACGGUCUAAACCAGGGGUGUCAAACUCAUUCCAUGGAGGGCCUACUGCCUGCUGGUUUUUGGUUUUUCCUUUCAAUUAAGCCCUAGACAACCAGGUGUGGGGAGUUCCUUACUAAUUAGUGACCUUAAUUAAUCAAUCAAGUACAAGGGAGGAGCGAAAACCUGCAGACACUCAGCCCUCUGUGGAAUGAGUUUGACACCUGUGGUCUAAACCAUUCGAUUAUGAGAUGGGGGCGAAAUCCAAAGUUGUGCUAUAUAUUCAUUGGCUAUGAAAGCAAACAUUGUCAUAUAGUAUGCAUUAUAGGCAUUUAUCCAGUGUUGAGUGACUCAUUAACUGAAUUGAUGACAAGUUUAGUCUUGGUUUACUACCUUGGGUUCUCAACUGAAAAAGUACUUCAGAGUGUUAUUAGUUAAUUGUUAAGGUUUGCUGUAAGCUAUGUAGUGGUAGGACAUCGGCCAUUGCACUCUGUAGCUUUGGCAUAAUUGGAAAUGUCCUGUUCUUCUUUUUGUGCCCCUAUUAAGUGGGUUAUGGAAACAGGAAGGAUAUACUGUAUUUCUGAUGAGUAAUAACUAUGUGUAUAUAGUGUAUUGCUUUGCCAUGAUGACUAUCUGUCUCUGUCCCCUCAGAGCGAUACUGGGAGACGGUGCAGCGACUUGGCAUUAACCAGUUCUACGGUGCUCCCACUGCCAUCAGGCUGCAGCUGAAGUAA